AUGGAUCAGAAUACCAGAUCACAUGACAGCACCCAUGGAAGCCUGGAUGUGGAUCAGAAUGCCAGAUCACAUGAUGGCACCCAUGGAAGCCUGGAUGUGGAUCAGAAUACCAGAUCACAUGACGGCACCCAUGGAAGCCUGGAUGUGGAUCAGAAUGCCAGAUCACAUGAUGGAAGCCUGGAUGUGGAUCAGAAUACCAGAUCACAUGAUGGCACCCAUGGAAGCCUGGAUGUGGAUCAGAAUGCCAGAUCACAUGAUGGCACCCAUGGAAGCCUGGAUGUGGAUCAGAAUACCAGAUCACAUGACGGCACCCAUGGAAGCCUGGAUGUGGAUCAGAAUGCCAGAUCACAUGAUGGAAGCCUGGAUGUGGAUCAGAAUACCAAAUCACAUGAUGGUACCCAUGGAAGCCUGGAUGUGGAUCAGAAUAACAGAUCACAUGAUGGCACCCAUGGAAGCCUGGAUGUGGAUCAGAAUGCCAGAUCACAUGAUGGUACCCACAGAAGCCUGGGUUUGGAUCAGAAUACCAAAUCACAUGAUGGUACCCAUGGAAGCCUGGAUGUGGAUCAGAAUAACAGAUCACAUGAUGGCACCCAUGGAAGCCUGGAUGUGGAUCAGAAUGCCAGAUCACAUGAUGGAAGCCUGGAUGUGGAUCAGAAUACCAGAUCACAUGACGGCACCCAUGGAAGCCUGGAUGUGGAUCAGAAUACCAAAUCACAUGAUGGUACCCAUGGAAGCCUGGAUGUGGAUCAGAAUAACAGAUCACAUGAUGGCACCCAUGGAAGCCAGGGUGUGGAUCAGAAUACCCGAUCACAUGACUGCACCCAUGGAAGCCUGGAUGUGGAUCAGAAUGCCAGAUCACAUGAUGGCACCCAUGGAAGCCUGGAUGUGGAUCAGAAUACCCGAUCACAUGACUGCACCCAUGGAAGCCUGGAUGUGGAUCAGAAUGCCAGAUCACAUGAUGGAAGCCAGGGUGUGGAUCAGAAUACCAGAUCACAUGAUGGUACCCAUGGAAGCCUGGAUGUGGAUCAGAAUGCCAGAUCAUAUGAUGGCACCCAUGGAAGCCUGGAGGCGGAUCAGUGA